AUGAGCGGCCGGCAAUCACUGCCGACUGACUCGUUCAGCGCCAACAACAGCUUUGUCGACCAGGAUAGCCAGAUGAUGGAUCGCGAUGGGAACGAGGAUGGAGACUCCGUUCUCGGUGUUGGUGGCCCAUCAAAAGCCUCUCGAUCGAGUGCCAACAAUGAAGUAGAGAUGCGACAUCUCUUCAGGCAAAAUCAACACCGCAGCUUGGUCGAUGUUGCAGAAGAGCUUCAUGGCAAUGAGCGCGGUCCCAAUUCAGAACGGACACGCCAAGUCUUUGCUAUGCUUUGGAUCAACUCAGUGUGUUCAAAGGGCAAGGGCUCUGUGCCGAGAGGUCGUGUCUAUGCCAACUAUGCCUCUCGAUGCGCAACUGAAAGGAUUACCGUUCUGAAUCCGGCAAGUUUCGGUAAACUCGUUCGAGUAUUAUUUCCCGGCUUGAAGACCCGCCGUCUUGGUGUCAGAGGAGAAUCGAAAUAUCAUUAUGUCAAUUUCACUUUGAUGGAGGAUGAGCCUGACCUUCGAGAGCCUCCGAGGAGUCUGACAGUACCUCUGGCAGAAGGCACAAGUCUCGUCCCAACUUUCAAUGCUUCGUCUGGUACAGCAACAACAACGGCACGUCCUCAGAAGACGGCCUUCCCGUCCCCAGACCUUGCCCAGAACACUGACAACCAACCAACCCGGUCCCGUGAAUUUACUCACUCUCUAUACAACCAGCCGGACGUCUCAAGUAUUGAUCAGUUCCAUUCCACCAUGAACAAAACGUUGCAGAAACUUGACUGGGCGCCGGAAUCAGAAGACCCGUUCCAGCAGUCCGAGCCUAUUAUCCUACCAUCUAUCGAACCGUUCCUUCCCAGUGGCACGGACCCAGAUGCGGCCAAGUCGCUCACAGCUUUGUAUCGCUCUCAUUGUACAUCACUUGUCGAGUGCGUUCGCUAUUGCAAGGAGAAGACAUUCUUCCACCUCUUCACCUCUUUCCAGGGCACUCUUACUAUGCCUGUUCAAAAGCUUUUUGGAAACCCCGCCAUUGCAGCUUGGAUUGAAGAGUGCGACUUCAUUCUAUACCAUCGAAUGAUGCGGAUAGUAUCUGCAUUAACUCUCCAAGUUGUUCCAAAGCCGGUUUUGGACACUCUACGCAACAUCUCGGAGAGAUUGGUGCCGCAUAUUCGAGAUUCAUUCCAAGGUCAGCCUCAUCACGUGGUGAGAGCAAAGGAAGCUCCUGCCACCUUGUUCGCCGGUCUUAUCGACCGUGCUCUCCGUGUCAAUUUGACAGCUCAUGCCGCCGCAAACAUGCUGUCCAAUCCGGCGAACCGCGAUGAAAUGUAUCUCGAUUGGAUUACAAUGGUCCGCACUCGCAAGGUUGCGGAGUGUGUGCCAGACAAAGCCAUGGAUGACGUUGUCAAUCUACUACUUACGGAGCUUCGCGGUCUGCUAGAUCCUGUAGAUGUUCCAUGGGAGAUUGAGUGCCUCACCCUAUAUGGCGACAUGGCAUUGCGCAACGGCCGCCCUCAGCAGUCAGAUACCUCUGGUAACCUGGGCACACAGAAUGUCCUAGAUCGAUGGGUCAACUUCCUACGGUCUCUUCCCACUCGAUUCCCGUAUGCGUCUCCUGCUGAGAUUGUGCUCUUCGUACAAAGACUCGGGACCAACGUCAUGAGGGAUAUAACAAUAUCCCAGGGAAAGAGCUUCGGAUCGUGGUGGGUGACUAAAUGCUGGGUCGAUGAGAUGAUCUCUUUCCUGGCCGAGCAGGGCGGCUUCAUGAAGCAGAAAACAACACAGACAGCACUGGACAUUGGCAAACGCCAGGCGUCGACAAGAGAAGUCAGCUGUCAGGGCUCACGAUACAGCAGCGGCAGUGAUGAUUUUAGUAUGCCGCGCAUGGGACAGGCACAACCUGACCGAGCGCCUUUUCCCACAGCCCCAGCACCUAGCACCCACGACACACUUGCGUUGAACGCAGCAAACCAUGACGACAGCGGAAUAGGCAUUCGCACUCCCGAAGAAGAAUUCCCCAUGGAUAAAUUCACGUUCCCACAAGAUGGCCACGAGCUUCUCGAUGGGGUUGAUCUUCACAACGGCAUGACCAGCUGA